ACGCUGGGUCGGACGGACGGACGCUGUUGUUCCGGGAGCGAGGCAGUGCGAGGGUCGGGGAGUGGCGCCGCUGAAUCGCUCACACCUUCUUUCCCCCUCAAACCCCCUUCGCCGUCGCCGCAUCGGGUCGCAUGAUCUUAUGAAGGGUCUUUGACCUGAACCAUUCAAUCUGUUUCUCUUUCCACACGUGCACACUUCAAGUGUUUCUAGAAUUUUCUAUUUUUGUUUCAGAUUGCCAGCACCUGAAGGCUUUGAUUUCCAUUUAAGGUAAUUUAGCGGUUCCAAGAUACAUCACAGAAGUGAAAAACAAAAUUUGGCACCGAGGAGCUGUAGGAGCAGUAUAGAUUUUUGUGUUAAUGUGUAAAGACGAGGACUUCCUAUAACCUGGAAGCACAAGAGACUGCAGAUGCUGGAAUCUUGAGUAAAAAAAACAAACUGCUGGAGGAACUCAGCGGGUCAGGCUGCGUCCGUGGACGGAAAUGGACAGACGCCAUCUGGGGUCAGGACCGUUCUUCAGACUCAAGAUUGCUGAAAACAUGUCAUUUCCACCGCAUAUGAAUCGUCCUCCUUUGGGGAUACCUCCCUUGCCACCGGGUAUCCCCCCGCCACAGUUUGCAAGCUUUCCACCUUCCGUGCCACCCGGUUCGCGUUUCCCACACGAUAAACAUCCACUCAACAUCUACUGUGUCAAACCCCUUCAGAAUCGGGCACCGAUGAUUCCUGUUCCUAUGGGACUAAUGAGUCCUGCCACAACUGCAGCAAGUUACAGGCACCCAUCACUUCAGGUCUCCAUGCUGUACACCAUGAACCGUUGCCCAACAGAGGGCAAACAGUGUUUUACACAGGUGUUGAUGCCAGCCUCUGUGCCUCUAAUUGGAAAGCAUAUUGGACCAAGGAAGGACCAUGUUGGUCAGAGGAUUCGUGAGAUUGAUGACAAUAGUGGUCCGACCACAACGGUUUUUGUAGGCAACAUAUCUGAGAAAGCUUCUGAUAUGUUAAUCAGGCAGUUACUUGCGAAAUGCGGCUUGGUUUUAAGCUGGAAGAGAGUCCAAGGAGCUUCAGGAAAGUUGCAAGCAUUCGGCUUUUGUGAGUAUAAAGAACCAGAAUCUACACUGCGUGCAUUAAGAUUAUUGCAUGAACUUCAAGUUGGAGACAAAAAGUUGCUUGUAAAAGUUGAUGCAAAGACCAAAGCCCAGCUGGAUGAAUGGAAGGCCAAAAAGAAAGGAGUCAAUGGAGAUACAAAAACAGAGGAUUCAUCUGAUGAUGUUGUGGAUGAGGAAACCAAGAGAAGAGAUCAGAUUGUAAAGGGAGCGAUUGAAGGAUUAAUAAGAGAAUACUCCAGUGAACUAAAUGCACCUUCCCAAGACCAAGAUGCACAUCCUAGAAAGAAGAAAAAGGAAAAGAAAGAGGAGGAUGACAUAAAUGCAAUGGAAAUGGAAGAGGAUAAACGAGACCUAAUUUCUCGAGAAAUUAGCAAAUUCAGAGACACUCACAAGAAACUAGAAGAAGAAAAAGGAAGGAGAGAAAAAGAAAGACAAGAAGUUGAAAAAGAAAGAAGAGAUAGAGAAAAGGAGCGCGAACGAGAAAGAGAAAGGAGAGAAAGAGAGAAGGAACGUGAGAAAGAAAAGGAGCGUGAACGGGAGCGAGAGCGUGAACGAGAACGGGAGCGAGAACGGGAUCGCGACCGUGAUCGCGACCGGGACCGUGACCGUGAGAGAACAAAGGAUAAGGAAAGGGAGCGAGACCGUGAAAGAGAUCGCGAACGGGAUAAAGAGAGAGAAAGAAGCCGGGACCGGGAGAGAAGCAAGGAUCGAAGUCGAUCAAGUUACUUAGAUGUAAUGGAAAUUUGCAGAGAGAAAAGCCGAGAAAAGGAGAAGAAAAGAGAUCGGGAAGAAGAUGAAGAAGAAAUGUAUGAACGCCGGAAACUUGAGAGAAAGCUCCGUGAAAAAGAAAAUGCAUACCAAGAGCGUCUUAAAAAUUGGGAAAUAAGGGAACGGAAGAAAUCCAGAGAUUAUGAAAAGGAAACUGAAAGGGAGGAAGAAAGAAGAAGAGAAAUGACAAAAGAGGCAAAAAGACUGAAGGAGUUUUUGGAAGAUUAUGAUGAUGAUCGAGAUGAUCCAAAAUAUUACAGAGGGAGUGCUUUGCAGAAACGCUUAAGGGAUCGAGAAAAAGAAAUGGAAGCAGAUGACAGAGAUCGCAAGCGAGAGAAAGAGGAACACGAGGAGAUUCGGCAGCGUUUGUUGGCUGAAGGGCACCCUGAUCCCGAUGCAGAACUUCAGAGGAUGGAACAGGAGGCAGAGAGGCGGCGGCAGCCGCCGAUCAAACAAGAGCCAGAAUCAGAGGAGGAGGAAGAGGAGGAAGAAAAACCGGAGAAAGAGGAACGCCGAAUGGAAGAGGAAGAAGAGCCUGAGCAGAAACCCUGUCUUAAACCCACAUUGCGCCCUAUCAGUUCUGUCCCAUCUGUUUCAUCGGCAAGUGGCAAUGCUACACCGAAUACUCCUGCAGAUGAGUCUCCUUGUGGCAUUAUCAUUCCACACGAGAACUCUCCUGAUCAACAGCAAGAGGAGCAGCGGCCUAAAAUUGGGCUCAGCCUGAAACUAGGUGGCUCCAAUAGCCCGAGUCAGCCAAUUUCGGUGAAAAGAAAGAAACUUCCCGUUGAUAGCGUUUUCAAUAAGUUUGAAGAUGAAGAUAGUGACGAAGUUCCUCGGAAGCGGAAGCUCGUCCCUUUGGAUUAUUCGGAAGAUGAGAAGGGUGCCUCCAAGGGAAAUGUAAAUACAGAAGAAAAACGGAAACACAUAAAAAACUUGAUUGAGAAAAUUCCUACAGCUAAACCAGAACUUUUUGCCUAUCCUCUUGACUGGUCUAUUGUGGACACGAACUUGAUGGACAGACGCAUUCGACCAUGGAUCAAUAAAAAAAUAAUAGAAUACAUUGGGGAAGAAGAAGCAACGUUAGUGGACUUUGUUUGUUCUAAGGUGAUGGCCCACAGUUCACCACAGAGCAUUUUAGAUGAUGUAGCCAUGGUUCUGGAUGAAGAAGCCGAAGUCUUCAUAGUGAAGAUGUGGAGGUUAUUAAUAUAUGAAACAGAGGCUAAAAAGAUAGGACUUGUUAAAUAGAUUGUCAUAUCCAUAGGAAUUGUCUUUGGAAUUUUUUUUCCAUAUUUCAAAACUGUAACUUUCAUCUGUCCUCAGAGGCACUUGUGAAGCUUGUGUUUUUUAUUGUAGAGAUAAUGUGAAGUCCAUUUUUUUUUUCUCUCCUUCACCUCGUCAUUUGGUUUGCUAUGUCCUUAAAGAUGUACAGUCAAUAGAAAUCUGCCUACAUCAGUUCUUCAUUUCACAACUGAGAUAAACGACUGGGUUAUUUUUUAUAAACUGAACUCUUCUGCUGUGUAUUUUCAUUAUCAACACACUGACUUCUGUUCCUAACCUCUCAGUGUUACAUUAAUGGAAGUGUCGAUGCAAGAUAUUUGCACUUAAUGUCCAGGUUGUCCCUGUGAUAUGGAGGAGCAGGUUUAGAAGUAAGAUGUUUAUACAUUUAUUGUUUUGAAAUUAGUAAUUUUGAGAAGAAAAACUUUGAAAAAAUGCAGAGUUGUUUUCUCAUCAACAUUAUGAAAAUAUUUUAAAUGUUGCAUUUAAAAUGUUUGCAUUUCCAACAGGUGACAGAAUAGGGUUUAAAUGUUUUGAAAUAAAUAAAUAAAGUUUGAGAAUGUCUUAGUUGACUUUUUAAAAAGAGACCUGCAUCCCCUUUAGUUGCCAACAUAGGUUUAAUUUAAUGUUUGAAAUCAAACCUUUGUAAUUUUACAUUUAUCAAUUUUUUUUAUAUAGUCAAAAUUAUUUUUGAUGCAGGUUUGACAAGCAAGUUCCUGUCAGGUAUUACGAGUGCAAGGAACAGGCUCAUUUUUGUUUCAGUCUCGUACAAUUUCUUUGGGGUGACGUUUUAAUAAAUUACAAUGAGCUUUGUCAAGGAUGUAGUGUGUUUUAAGCUGUGUUACGGAAGCUUGAUGGUUAGUUUGGAAAUGCAAUCUAUGUUGGCCCAUUCACUAUCCAGAGACACCUAAAUCUAAAAUACGUAUUGAAGACUUUCUAAAAUAAUUGAGGGCAUUCUGUAUGAAAAAUGAGACUCUAGAUCCUGACUUAACUUAGUACCAAACCAGAAGCUUAUCACUGAAUCAUUUAUAAACCAUUUGGUUGCACUUCAGGUUUCAACAAAAAACUAUUUUGAGUUACAUACUUGCAUCUCAUAAUUAGAUGUAAAGAUCAGUUCUGAUUGCUAGAAUUUAAAACAAUUAUUUGCAUACAUAGAUGGCUGCUAGCAUUUUCUAUAAAGUUAAGUUUUUAAUUUUACACUAAUGCCAAAUGAGUAUUACAAGAAUUAAAACUGUAAAUAUUGUAUACAAUACCAUUUCACUUCAAAUAAAUCUGUUUCCAUUUUU